CAGGUAUCAACCUAGUCUAUGCGUUGAAAGUUUGUAAAUUGCAUUGCGCGACCACUAAUGACUUCCAACAUUAUCAUUCUGGCAAUGUUUAUGGUCGCUGUGCAAACAAUCCAAGAUAAUCAACAAGAUUUCUCAAUUUGUGAUAACAAGUGCAAACAGUACGACGACAUUUCAGAUGCUGCUUGCAAGAAUGAGCCAGGUGCACGUUAUUGCACUGAAUGGCUAAACGUCUUUUAUGAUUGUUUCCACGGAUGUGCAGACGAAGUGUUGGAUAUGAAAAACGGAGUCAUUAGGAAGAAAACCAGGAGAAUGGGAGUUAAUUCGAAGAAACGUCAUUUCGCUUUUUGAUAGUCUAAUUUUUUUGGAGCAUCCUGAUGUUAAAAAUACAUAAUUAUACACACAAAAACGAAAAAUAAAU